UAAAACCUGAUAUCAAAAGGCACAGAGGAAAAAGUUAAAAGAAAAAAGAAAAAAGAAAAAAAGACGAGAGAGAGAGAGAGAGGUUUAGAAGGAAAAAAUAAAAAGUCUGUUUGGCUCAAUCAGACACGAAAGGGCCAAUAAUUAUUCAUGAAAAAUGGAGAAUAAUCUUAUCAAAAUCUUAUUUCAACUCUUACUCAACCUUGCUAUACUCCAGGUCUACUAUCCUCUCUCACUGUCUGUUUUCUUUACCCGGAAAAAAUGGGAAAUUUUCCUAGUAAUUUUUUCAUUCUUUUCGGGGAGAACCAUGAAAGGAACUUUAGAGUGCCUCUCUGCUUUCUGGAUUUAGUGUUUUGCAACUAAAGUCUCUGGUUGGGCCCGUUUAAAUGCAAAUCUAUAGAUAUAUUCCUUCUUGGCUCUCUGACAUUCUCGCAUGCAUGGGAGGCUGUCUUGGAUGUUUUACCAAUCCUUCACUAAUUAUCGCAGUGGAUGAGCCGUCAAAGGGACUGAAAAUUCAAGGUAGAGCCGUGACAAAAGCUAGUUUUUCGGAGGAUAUUUGGAGCUCUAGCACUAUAGAAAUGGAAAAUAGUGGCUUCCUCUCCCAGAGAAGUGUCUCAUUGGGCACCUCAAACCAUGCUUCUGAUCCUCAUGCUACUUCAAGCGGUCCUCACGAAUAUAUAAACCAUGGUCUGACUCUCUGGCACCAGACAAGGCAGCAAUGGCUUAGAAAUAAAAAAUCUCAGAUAAGAACACAAAGCCCAGAACCCAGGAUAAGUUGGAAUGCCUCUUAUGAGAGUCUACUUGGAACAAGCAAGCCUUUCCCACACCCAAUCCCUCUUUCUGAAAUGGUAGACUUCCUAGUUGAUGUAUGGGAGCAUGAGGGUUUGUACGAUUGAGACUUGAAUGGAAGCGAAAACCAACACAUGAAUCUUAUCAUUCUUCAUUCACAUCAUCUCUUUUACAAAUUCAUGUGUAAGUCUAGGUGAUUAAAUAUUGGAAUUUUGUGUUAUUUGUUAAGAACAUUCUUCUUUAACGCAAGUAAAAUUUCUUAAAGUGACAUUAUACUAAAUUGAAACAUUCAAAUGUGUAAUAAUUUAUAAAUAAUUAUUGUUAGAGCACUCA